ACAUAAUUUUCGUGACUGGGAAUAAUUUGCCACAUAUCGAAAGCACACAUUUAACAAACAGCCAAGAACGUCAAGUCUAAAAACUUGAUGAAAAUUGAAGUCUUUGGCAAUAAAAGAUGGAAUCAAGAGAAACCCUUAACGUAUUAUAUCUUAAAAAAAUUAUUAUUGCUGUUCAAAAGGAACUUGCGCAAUUUUUCAUUAAAAAAUGGAACUUUCAUUAUAAGGAUACACAUGGAGAAUGGAAAAACAAUGACAUUAGUGGCAAGCAACUUUGCAUUUUAGAAGCAAAAAAAAGACUAGACAAAGAUACCCAAGAAAAAUAUGAGAAUGGAGACACCAGUAAGUGGGAUUGCAAAAUAUUAUUCACUGCAAUACUUUAUUCAAACUCAAUUGGAAAGCAUCUUGACAAACAUACAAAGGACGCUAUUCAUGGGCUACGAGGUCAAAGAAACAAAGAUGCACAUUGGUAUGAAAGCAAAUAUCCAGAUAUUGAUUUCGAUGAAACAGUUAGUAUUGUCGAAAAAUCCUUUAGAGAAUUGGAAUUUUCUCUUGACGAAAUCAGUGAAAUAAAAAACAAUCGAAACAGUUUUAAUUCAUUUAAAAGUCUUCCUUCUAAGCCCGAUCAUUUCAUCGUUGAACGUAGUCAAUUACGAGAUGAAAUCAUCAAAGACCUUAAACAAUUGAGGAUUGAUAGCAAAAAUGAACUUACAUAUUUCUACAUUUCUGGUAAACCUGGCAGUGGUAAAACUCAACUUGCCAGACAAGUUUUUGAAAAAAUAUCGUGUGAUUGGAAAGAUGAAAUUUCGUUCGUAAUGACUCUUGAUGGAAGCGAUGUUGAUUCUCUUUUAAAAACCUACUGUGAACUUGGAAACCUUUCACACUGUAGCAAGUCUGAUGUUAAAAGAUGUUUGGAGGAGAGUGCCACUACAAUCGAGAAAGUUGAAAACUUGAGGUCGUUAUUAUCAACUAGAUUAAAAUUUUGGCAAAAUUGGUGGAUAAUUGUUGACAAUGUGGUACAUCCAAAAAAAAUUUGUCCAUUGCUACCUCAAAUAAAAAAGCCCGAAUGGUUAAACGGACAAAUAAUAUUUAUUUUCCAGAAUACAGGUGACGUACCUCAAUAUGAUGGGUUUACUAAACAUAUUUCUAUAUGUAGUGGAAUGAAUGAUGGAGAAUGCUCUCAGCUGUUGAAACAUUACACUAAAGAUGAAAAUGCUGAUGAUCAGUUGUUAAGCAAAGUAUCACAGGAAUUGGAUCGUCAACCGCUGGCUUUGGCUGCUGCAGGUUGUUACGUCAGUCGCGUGAACAGAACGAAUUGUUCAUUCACUUGGAUGCAGUAUUUAGAGAAAAUACUAAUAGGAGAACACAAAAAAAUUGAGAAUGCUUUUGUUGGACGUUGGAACUCAGCAUAUCAUAAAUAAUAUAUUAUUGUGUGCAUUUAGGUGUAUCAGAAAAAUGCCGAUAAACCUUAAAAUCGAGUAAAGCUAAAAUAUAUUCAUAUUCUGCCAAAUAAAGGAUAUUGUUGGUUUUAUGUAAAAAAUUGAUCUCAAUUUAUUUCUAGACAAUGUAGCUAUUAGUUUCUGUUUAUAAAUUUCCACAAUAAUUUUACAUUUAGUAAAUAAUGACAUUUGUUUACAUUCCUCACAAACUUAGUAAUACAAAUAAAAGGAUUGAGCGAAAGUUGACGAAAUUUUUGUGAGGUCUGGUUGUGUGCAACCUGUGAUUGCGUUAUAAAACAUUGACUAAUCAGGUGUAAUUGAUGAUAUUUUACUCAUCAUUCGAUAUGAUGCUACUGAUUGCGCAAAAUGGAUAUCUUAAAAACUUCAAUGUUUUGUGAAUUAUAAGCGAUGCUUCUUAGAAAGUCUCUGAUCUGAUUGGUAAAUAAUUAGUUUGAAAAUUAAAUUGUUUCUUCAUGAACACAUUCA